AUUGAUCCGUCGCAGGUCCGAGCUUUGCUCGCGGACUCGGACGUGAAGCUGAAACUGCGAGAUGCGACAGUUUGAGGAAAGUUUUUGAAGGGAGCGCGUUUCUUACGCACAUGUUUUUUUUUUAAGAUUUCACAAGACACAAUUCAAAUACAUGUGACAUCAAAGUUAAAAAAAACUAACGGAUCUUCACUUUAUUUGGGAUCCCUUUGGUGUGUUAGCGACUUUAUAUUGCAUCUCUGGUCUGAAAUCCUCCUCUUUGCUUCUCUUAGCAACUGCGGUAAUGUGAGUUUGUUUUUCGUUGCGUGCGUACUAGAGUAAAUACGGUAGGCACGGUUCUCGAGCAAAGUGAAGGUCCUACAAGAUACAUAACGCCUACGUGCUUUUACUGGAGAAAUGUGGAGAAAAAUCACCUCCAAAAUGAGUCAACUUAUUAGUUAUAUUUCACUGCCGUAAAGGGGAGAAAAAUCACCUUUCAGUGCCAUUUUACUGUAGUAAUGUGAAGAAAAAUCUGUUUAAAAUUACCCCUAUAAUAAAUGUUACUGUAGUAAUGUGGAGAAAAAUCUGUUUAAAAUUACCCCUAUAACAAAAGCCAUUUACAGAAUGCUGACAUUUGAUCUUACCUCACAUCAAUUCCUUCAUGUUCCUCUUUUUUUUUUUUUGCAUAUUGUUCCUGUCAUCUCACUCUACCUCUGGUACAAUUUUGGUAACAUUUUACUGUAGAAAUUUGGAGAAAAAUCAUUUUGAAAUGACCCCCUAUGAUAAACUAUACUGUGUAUAGAGGAUCUUUGCUACCGUAUUUACUCUAGUACGCACGCAACGAAAAACAAACAGCGGCUCACAUUACCGCAGUAAGGCUUUCAUUUGAGGAAGACUGCGUCAGCCUUGUGAUUAUUUCUCGCCCUUUUUCAGAUGAAGGUGUGUGUGUGAGCUGACGUGGACGUGAAUUCAGCAGAAUGGACCAGUGUGAGGACGGAGAGGAGGGAGUCCCUCCCUCUAAAACCUCUCUGUGUGGGGAACAUGAGAGUCGGAGCAAAGCUCAGAGGAAUCAACCUGGACCUGGACCUGGACCUGGACCUGGACCUGGACCUGGACCUGGACCUGGACCUGGACCUGGACCCGGACCUGGACCUGGACCUGAACCUGGACCCAGCUGUGUGUCGUUGAAGAGUGACAAGUCAAUGGAAUAUAUUAUUACCUUCAAAGGAGACCAACGUUCUGCUGUAAAGAGGGUCCAUCAGAAAAGAGACUCUUUUGAACAUGAACCCAGCUGUUUGUCCUUGAGGAGUGACAAGUCAAUGGAAUAUGUUAUUACCUUCAAAGGAGACCAACAGUCUUCUACAGAGAGAGUGGACCAGCAGAUCUCAGAGCCUCCCAGCGGUCCGUCUGUCCAGCAGCAUCAGACACAGCUGGACUCCAUAUUUCAGCUGCUGGAGGACAACAUUGUAAUGUUUGUGAAGAACGAGCUGAAGAAGAUCCAGAGGGCUCUGAGUCCCGAUUACCCAGAAUCCCUAGAGCGUGUGUUGCAGGGUGAGGAUGAAGAGCAGAAGAAGAGCAUCAGAGAGGCGUUUGUGAAGAUCACAGUGAACUUCCUGAGGAGAAUGAAGCAGGAGGAGCUGGCUGAGCGUCUGCAGAGCAGUACUUUUGCUAAAGUGUGUAAAAAGCAGCUGAAGUCUGAGCUGAAGAAGAAGUCCCAGUGUGUGUUUGAGGGGAUCAUUAAAGCAGGAAACCCAGCCCUUUUGGAGCAGAUCUACACAGAGCUCUACAUCACAGAGGGAGGGACCGGAGACGUCAACCAUGAACAUGAAGUUAGACAGAUUGAAGCAGCUUCCAGGAAACCAAACAGAGCAGAAACAACCAUCAGACAGGAAGACAUCUUUAAACCCCCACCUGGAAGAAAAGGACCAAUCAGAACGGUGAUGACGAAGGGAGUGGCCGGCAUCGGGAAAACAGUCCUAACACAGAAGUUCAGUCUGGACUGGGCUGAAGGCAGAACCAACCAGGACAUCCAGUUCAUGUUUCCAUUCACCUUCAGACAGCUGAAUGUGCUGAGAGAGGAGAAGUUCAGCUUGGUGGAACUAGUUCAUCUGUUCUUCUCUGAAACCAGAGAAAUCUGCAGCUUUGAAGAGUUCCAGGUCGCGUUCAUCUUUGACGGUCUGGAUGAGUGUCGACUUUCUCUGGACUUCCACAACUCUACAGUCGUCAGUGAUCCCAGAAGGUCCACCUCAGUGGAUGUGCUGCUGACAAACCUCAUCAGGGGGAACCUGCUUCCUUCUGCUCGUCUCUGGAUCACCACACGACCCGCAGCAGCCAAUCAGAUCCCUCCUGAGUGUGUCUCCAUGGUGACAGAGGUCAGAGGGUUCACUGACCCACAGAAGGAGGACUACUUCAGGAAGAGGUUCAGAGAAGAGGAACAGACCAGCAGGAUCAUCUCCCACAUCAAGACAUCACGGAGCCUCCACAUCAUGUGCCACAUCCCAGUGUUCUGCUGGAUCACUGCUACGGUCCUGGAGAACGUCCUGGAGAACGUCCUGGAAACUAGAGAGGGAGGGCGGCUGCCCAAGACCCUGACUGAGAUGUACAUCCACUUCCUGGUGGUCCAGGCCAAACUGAAGAAGGUCAAGUAUGACGGAGGAGUUGGGACGGAUCCACACUGGAGUCCAGAGAGCAGGAAGAUGGUGGAGUCUCUGGGAAAACUGGCUUUUGAGCAGCUGCAGAAAGGAAACCUGAUCUUCUAUGAACCAGACCUGAGAGAGUGUGGCAUCAAUGUCAGAGAGGCUUCAGUGUACUCAGGAGUGUUCACCCAGAUCUUUAGAGAGGAGAGCAGCCUGUACCAGGACCAGGGGCCUUAUGUACUAAGAGUGCGGCGCACAAAAAACGUGCGUACGCCACUUUCAACGCUCACGGUCGGAUGUACAAAGAAUGACGUGAACGUAGAAAGCUGCGGUCCUUCACUCACACAUCAAGGCUUUUGUACGCACUUUUCUGAGGUUUUGUCCGUUGGCGACACUCACAUGAGGCCCCAGGUCUUCUGCUUCAUCCAUUUGAGUGUCCAGGAGUUUCUGGCUGCUCUUCAUGUCCAUCAGACCUUCAUCAGCUCUGGAGUCAACCUGCUGGAGGAACAAAGAAACACAGAGACUGAGCUCCAUCAGAGUGCAGUGGACAAGGCCUUACAGAGUCCCAACGGACACCUGGACAUGUUCCUCCGCUUCCUCCUUGGUCUUUCACUGGAGACCAAUCAGACUCUCUUACGAGGUCUGCUUGAACCAAAACAAAGAAGUUCACAGAACAAUCAGGAUACAUACAAAACAGUUGAAUACAUCAAGAAGAAGAUCAGUGGGGAUCUGUCUGCAGAGAAAAGCAUCAACCUGUUCCACUGUCUGAAUGAACUGAACGCUGGUUCUCUGGUGGAGGAGGUCCAACAGUCCCUGAGGUCUGGACUUCUCUCCACAGAUAAACUGUCUCCCGCUCAGUGGUCGGCUCUGGUCUUCAUCUUACUGUCAUCAGAAGAAGAUCUGGAGGUGUUUGACCUGAAGAAAUACUCAGCUUCAGUGGAGGUUCUACGGAGGCUGCUGCCGGUGGUCAAAGCCUCCAAGAAAGUUGUGUUGAGUGGUUGUCACCUCCCUUGGGACAUCUGUGCAGUUCUAUCCUCAGUUCUCAGCUCUCAGUCCUCCAGUCUGACAGAACUGGACCUGAGUAACAACCCCCUGCAUGAUUCAGGCCUGGAGCAGCUGUGUCCUGGACUGGAGAGUCCACACUGUCACCUGGAGUCCCUCAGGUUGAGUGGUUGUAACCUGUCAGGGGACAUCUGUCCACUUCUAUCCUCAGUUCUCAGCUCUCAGUCCGCCAGUCUGACAGAACUGGACCUGAGUAACAACCGCCUGCAGGAUUCAGGACUGAAGGAUCUGUGUCCUGGACUGGAGAGUCCACACUGUCACCUGGAGUCUCUCAGGCUCUCAGACUGUCUGAUCUCAGAGGAAGGCUGUGCUUCUCUGGUCUCAGCUCUGAGCUCCAACCCCUGCCACCUGAGAGAGCUGGACCUGAGCUGCAACCAUCCAGGAGAGUCAGCAGUGAAGCUUUUGUCUGCUGGACUGAAGGAUCCCCGCUGGAGACUAGAAAAUCUCAGGGUGGAGCCUGCUGGACAACGAUGGUUGACACCAGAUCUGAGGAAUUAUUCCUGUCAACUCACCAUCGACACAAACACAGUCAACAACUACAUCAAACUGUCUGACAACAACAGGAAGAUGAUGUUUGUGGAGGAGGAUCAGUCAUAUCCUGAUCAUCCAGACAGGAUUGAUUACUGGCCUCAGUUCCUGUGUAGAGAAGUUCUGACGGGUCGCUGUUACUGGGAGGUCCAGAGGAGCGGAGUAGUUUAUAUAUCAGUGAGUUACAGAAGAAUCAGCAGGAAAGGAGACUCUGGUGACUGUUUGUUUGGAAGGAACGAUCAUUCCUGGAGUCUGGUCUUUUCUGAUGAUGGUCAGUACCAUGUCUGGCACAAUAACAGAGUAACAUCUUCAUCCUCCUCUUCCUCAGUCUCUGACAGAGUAGCAGUGUACGUGGAUGUUCCUGCUGGAACUCUGUCCUUCUACAGCGUCUUCUCUGACAGACUGAUCCCCCUCCACACCUUCAACACCACAUUCACUGAACCUCUCUAUGCUGGGUUCUUGUUCAGCUCUGGUUCCUCAGUGUCUUUGUGUUGAGUUCAGUCUCCAGAGUCUCCUCCUGUCAGAGAAACUGUCUCUGCUGGACUGAUAGUUGAGUCUGUACAUGUCUGUCUCUGUUUCCAUCAGAACACCUGAAUCACAUGUUGAUGAAACUGUUCUGAAUGAUUCCUUGGAAACUUCUUCCUCUUCCGGUCCUUUAAAGGUGAAAGCUGCCGUUAUUCCAGGAUCCACAUGUUGUUCUUCUGUCUGUUUCCAGUCAGAGCUUCACGGUGAACAGCAUCAUGUUGUUUCUCUGCAGCUCAGAUCAGCUGAGAUCAUUCACUUCAUGUCAGAUGCAGUUAGUUUGCUGCACAUGUGACCAACUGUGAUGUCAGAGAGGAAUCAGUGAGCUGCAAUCAGCCAAGAUGAAGUUACAACCUGCUGACAGAUCUGAGCACAAGGUUGCUGUGCAGCCAGGGUUCAUCCUGGUCUUUAUUCUCACCCACUUCCUGUUCCAACCAGGACAUCACUACUGGACUGUCAGGUCUCUGUCAUGGUAAAGUGUUUGUUUAUGUGUGAGCUCUCACCAAGAUGAAUAAGAUGAUCCAUCAAUCUUCUAGAACUGCUUCUUCAUGUUCAGGGUCCCGGGGGUCGGCCUUGUUGAUUUUACACUGUACCUAGAAGGGCUACUUUUUGAAUAAAGUUCCCCUUUGAUGACAAUAUUUGAUAUUCACUGAUUAAAAGCGCUGCCUCAACAUUUCCUCAAAAUAAUUAUCAAAUUGAUUUAUCAUGCUAGGAAAAUGAUCACGUAUGUAACAUUUUAGUAGCAAAUCAUGAACAUCUUCAAAUCACGUCCCAUUAAUGCAAAAUUAACCCCCAUAACACUUCAUGAGGUCCCACAUUUGUACUUAGAAUAAAAUAUGUAGCACUGGUCUGAAGGUCUGCAUGACAGAUGGUUGAUUUAAGAACAUCCAGCCACCAGGGGGGGCUGCUGCACUCGACCCCCCUGAGUGAUGCUUAUCGUGGUAAAAGCUGGAUGAUGUGGAUGAAGCUGUUAUAUUACUUUGUGUCAUGAAUCUGAUCUUUGUGGUUCAAUGUGCGUCCAGAGAAACAUAAGUUAUAUUGUUGUUUAUUGGAAGCACUUCUUUGUUGUUAUAUUUUAUAAGUCUGCUGGUGAGUAUUUCCAGCAGUGUUAUUUACUUCACUAAUCGUUCAAAAGUUAGUUAUGUUAUCUGAAUGUCACUGACUGUUUUCUUUGUUUCCAGUUAAAUGUGAUAGUAUCCUAUCAUGCAUAGUAUCUCAUGUAUAUGAUGUUCAUGCUAAUAACAUUAUUAUUUGGAUUGUGUGCUCUGGUUAAAGGAGCAUGAGGCAAGAAUAAGAAAUGAGACUCAUUAGCGACACGACGACCGUCGGGGUUCCUGCAGCCAACAGCGAAGCCGGCACAGGAGCGCGUGUGUAAUCUCAUAUGAUUUGCAAAUCAAGCUCUAAAUAUGACUUACAAUGUUGUCUUACCUGGUAAGUAGGAAAUGAGCCAUGUCAGCAUCCGUUUUCAGUCCCAAUUCAAGUUGAAGCUGCCUCCAUGACUCAAAUGCGUAUCCAAUGUUUACUCGUGCGCCGCCGAGAACGCGCAUGCAGCGUCAUUUGACGUCACAUCCGCAGGACAGCGCGGGAAACUCAGCCCCAGCACUGCAGCACAUUUUGCAGCACACACCCUGUUCAAGGCAACGGAGAGAUACACUAGAGGGCUCAUUCUUUUUGGUUUGGAACGCUUCAUCUGACAUUAUUACUAGAAAACUUAAAACGUAUACGCUUUUUUUUUCAUAAAUCCUGCCUCAUGCUCCUUUAAACAUGUGUUUAUUGCUGUUUAUCGAUUUCUAUUAUUCUUUGGUUUAUUCCAGAACCACAUACACACACCACAUCUGUAAGUGCACUCUCUAGACUGGAUUAAAGCUCUGUAAAGGAAA